GGCGCGGCAUCGUCAGCCUGCUGGGCUGGGCAGCGGUCACUUGAUCAGUGGCCUGUCAUGGCACCUCCCAUCGAUAGACCGCUCCCGCAAGGCUGGGUGAAGCAGUAUGAUGAUCACUACCGGCGAGACUUCUAUGUCGACACACUCCAUCCCGACGGUCCAAAAUCGCACUGGGUCCAUCCAGCAGACGAUAGUUCCAUAGUGCGCCAAGAGGUCCGACAGAGCUACGACAACAGUGCCAAGAACGAUCAGCGCGCUCCGUCGCAGCCGCCCUACAACGCUCAGCCGUCCUACGGCCAGCAGUCGGGCUAUCAGAACCAGCCUUACCCGCCCCAGUCCAUGCAAAGUCAGCAGUAUGGUGGAUACCCGCAGCAGCAGCAGCAGCAGCCGCCAUACUACGGUCAGCAAUACCCUCAGCAGCAACAACCAGUCUACAAUCAGCAGCCCAUGUACGGUCAGCAGCAGCAGCAGUCACGCUUUGGCUCUGGCUAUGGCGGGGGCGGUGGCAGAUUCGGUGGCGGAAGGAGCUCGGGCAUGGGCAUGGGCAUGAUGGGCCUCGGCGGCGGCCUGCUUGGAGGUGCCCUGCUGGCCAACGCGUUUGAUGAUCACAAUGACUACCAGCAGGGCUACGAUCAAGGCUAUGACAACGGACAGGACCAAGGCGACAACGGCGGUGGCGACUACGGGGGAGGAGAUGACGGCGGAGGAGGCGGCGAUUUCUAGGUCGCUCGCUAGCAUGACAAGCGCACUUGUAUCAUUGCAUUCAGUCUCACUUGCCAGUGUUUCCCGUUCCCUAGGCGGACAUGGAUGUGCACAGUAUCAUACAUCUCCAACUAACUCAUCGUGCGCCAGCGUCAUCGUCUAGAUUGCGGACGCCGGAAUGCUUGGGUUCGAUGAGCGGAUGUAAUUGGGCGAGAUAGGUGAUCGACCACAUGAGAUAGAAGCAGACGAUGAGCAUGACGAUCGAUACCCUCGUCACC